AUGGGCCAUCCAGUAGUAGGUGUUGCUGAACUGCAGCAGAUCAAGCAACGACCAAACACCUCAAUAGCGUCCAAAUCGCUGUUAGAAAGCAAGAUGAUCCGGCAAGAUUUUCGCCGAAUUGACCCAAAGAGAAGGGCAACCCUCGACCACAAAAAGAAACAAUUCGCGACUCCGGUCUUCAAGCAACAGGACUAUCCGCAUCGCUUAAACUUCUAUGAAAUACCCCCGACCGACGAGAUCACCCUCGAACAAUUCGAGCAAUGGGCCAUUGAUCGAUUGAAAGUCUUGGCUGAAAUCGAAGCCUGUUCUUAUCGAAACAAGUCGCCGGCAGAGACCGAAGCGCAUAUCACACCUCACCUCCAAAAAUACCUCCCUCUAUCCUCCAACACAUCCUCCUCCAACGGUGCGGCAGAUCAACGACUGAAAAAUGAACGCCAGAAAGAUCACUACUCCCACUUCAUCUUACGCCUCGCCUUUUCGGCCACAGAAGAACUCCGUCGGCGUUUCGUGAGAGCAGAAACUAUGCUUUUCAGAUUCCGCUUCCAACGCGACGACACCAGAGAACGACGCGCUUUCAUUGAAAGUCUCAAUCUCGACUGGGAGCCUGUGGAUGAUGAGGAGAAACAAAGGCUGGCAGAACAAUUGCUCGCCGCCUCCCCGGGUCUACGUCGCAUUGACGAUGAGACCUGGUACAAGGUGGACUGGGAGAAAGUCCCCGAGUUGGUAGAGAAACGGGCUGUUUUCCUAUCCAAGGGAAAAGCGUACGUGCCUGGUAGGGAGCAACUCAGCAUGAUCAUAGCAGAGUUUACGGCUCGAUUGGAGCGUGCUCUUGAGCUUACAAGCCGGGCGUUGCCGCGCUUGGAUGAAGAUGAUCGCCUCACCCCGAUUCUCAAUCACCUCUCGAAGAACUUUGGAAGCGCCGAGUCGGUGUACACGGAGAACGAAGGAUUUGUUGAUGGCGCCCCGAUUACUGCGAACAACAUCGACCGACUAUCUCAGCAUUUUCCACUAUGUAUGCGCAGUCUUCACAUGAACCUACGCAAGAACAACCACUUGAAGCAUUACGGACGACUGCAAUAUACCCUCUUCCUCAAGGGAAUUGGAUUGUCGCUGGAAGAGUGUAUUGUGUUUUGGCGUCAAGGCUUCAAAGGGCUCACCGACGACGAAUUCAACUCGCGGUACAAGUACAAUAUCCGCCACGCUUACGGCGAUGUGGGUGGUGAUCAGAACCGCAGAGGCCGGGGAUACCCUCCGUACUCCUGCCAAAAGAUCCUGGGUGAUUCAAAUCCGGGAGUUGGACAGACCCAUGGCUGCCCGUACCGCCACUUUUCUGUCGACAAUUUGAUCGGUCUUCUUCAGUCUACAGGAGUCAAUGACAGAGACGUCCUACGUGGAGUGCGAGAGGAUGUCGACAAAAUGCGGUUCCAUAUCGCUUGCAACAGGGUCUUCGAACAUACCCACAAAGCAGAUAUUAAGAGAGUCAAGGAAGACGGUACAUGGAACCAAACUGACCUUGACACCAUCGUGCACCCCAAUACCUACUUCAAGCGCAGCUAUCUCUUGAAGCAAAUGGGAAAGGCACCCAAGGAUGCCUAA